AUGUAAUCAUAAGAAAAAAAUCGAGUUUAUUAUGGAAGAUUUAUUUAGAAAGAGAAACUGAGUGCAGGUAUUUAAUUAUUAAUAUAAAAAGGUUCUUUUGGAGUAGUAUACAUUUGUUAAGACAAAGUUUCAAGAGAAUAUGUUGCAAUGAAAGUAGAAAAGGAAAAUAAUAAUAUGUUGAGUUUGGAUAGAGAAAUACAAAUAAUAGAAGAAUUAAGAGGUAUUUAAGGUAAGUUAAUAAAAUAUACAUGAAGGCAUUCCAAAACUUUAUUGGUAUGGUAACGAAUAUAACUCAAAUUGUAUGGCCAUGUAAUUAUUGGGUAGAGAUCUUUCUCAUUACUUAAAGAGAUAUAGAAAAUUCUCUUUAAAAUGUGUAUGUAAUUUGGCAGAAUAAUUAUUAUAUAUUAUUGAAGAAGUUCACAAAAGGUAAUUAAUACUAUUGAAAAUUUAAGAGGUGUGAUACAUAGAGAUAUUAAACCAGAAAAUAUUCUUAUGGGAAGAGGCAAUGAUACUAAUGUAGUUUAUUUAGUUGAUUUUGGAAUAUCUAAAAAAUACAAAAUUAAUGGAUAGCAUAUGUAAUUUUCUUUAAUAAUCUUAAGUCCAUUUUAAGAAUAAAAACCAUUUAUGGGUACUACUAGAUAUGCAAGUAUUUCAGCACACAAAGGAUAUGAAUUAUCAAGACGUGAUGAUUUAGAAAGUUUGGGAUAUGUUUUUAUUUAUCUUUUAAAAGGUAAUUACUUUCAAAAUCUUAGGUAAUUUACCAUGGUAAAAUAUUACUUCGUCUUCUGAUAAAGAAAAAACGAAAUUAGUUGGUAAACUAAAAAUAGAACUAGAAACUAAGGAUUUAUGUAAAGGUUUGCCAAAUGAGAUUUAAAGAUAUAUGGAUUAUGUUUAAAAACUUAAAUUUACUUCAACUCCAGAUUAUAAAUAUUUGUUUAGUUUAUUUUAAAAGAUUGCUUAACAAUAAGGAUUUUAAUUAGAUCGAAAAUUUGAUUGGAAUGAUUAAUUUACUACUUCAACCAAAUCUUCAGAUGGAUAAUAACCAAGAUAAUCUGGUAAAGAAUUUGAAAUUGGAUAAGAUGAGAUUUUUAAAAUUUCAGAGAAACCAGAUAAAAAAUAUAAAUAAUGUGAAUCUAAUCUUACUUAAUAAUCUUCUGUAAUGUUAAAUUAUGUACCAUCAGUUAUUUAAUAGAUAGGUGGUCGAUUUGGAUAAAAAUCUAUAGGGUAUUAUAUAUUUUUAUUGAAUUAAGUCGUUCUAGAUAAAAUUCAAGAUAAAAUUCUUUUUCAAGAGAAUCUUCUCUAUUGAAAUAAUAGACUGGAUAAAGUAAAAAAAAAGAAGGCAAUAUAAAAUAAGUAGGAUAAUUUCAAGAUUUUGAAGAAUUAGAAAUAUAAAAAAUACCUAAAAAUGAUAUUUAAUUAGAUGAUUUUGGAGAUGAUGAUUUAAAUGAUGGGGGGAAUCUAGAAAACAAAUUGAAAUAAUUCGAACAAAUUCAAGUACAUUUCAAAGAACAUCUUUCAAAAUCUUGA